AUGUUUGAGUUCAUAUCAGGAAGACUCCUGGUGAUUCUCAUUACCUUUACAUGUUCAACUAGUUUCAUGCUCUUUGGCUAUGACCAGGGAGUCUUAUCUGGCAUCAUUGGCGCCGACAAUCAGUUCGGUGAAGACUUCGACCAUCCCGAUGCCAACACUCAGGGACUCAUCGUCUCGGUGUACCAGUUGGGCAAUGUGGCAGGAUCUAUUGCCAUAUUCUUCUUAGGAGACUACUUGGGAAGAAAGAAGUCUCUCGUCUAUGCCACCAUUAUCAUGCUCAUCGGUGCCAUCUUGCAAACGGGUGCCGUAAAUCGCCCCAUGAUGUACGCUGCCAGAAUCAUCACCGGAAUUGGUAACGGUGCCAAUACGUCGACUGUGCCUGUCUGGCAGGCCGAGACAAGUACGGCCAAAGAACGGGGAACCCUGGUCGCGGUCGACAGCUGUUUGAUCAUCUUUGGCAUAUUGAUUGCCUACUGGAUGGACUAUGGGUUUGCUCUGGUCUCUGGGCCCGCUCAAUGGCGAUUUCCCAUAGGCUUUCAGAUGGUUUUCAUUGUCAUUUUAUUGUUCUUUGCGAUGAUCCUUCCUGAGAGUCCUCGAUGGCUGCACAAGAAGGGACGGCACUCAGAGGGUGACGCAAUCAUCGCUCGUCUGGUUGGCAAGAAUGUUCCGGAGAGCGACCCUCGCGUUGUUGAAUUAUCCACAGAGAUUGUCAAAUCCAUUCAACUAGAGUCUGCCGGCGGUCCUUUUAAGAUGAAAGAACUGUUCCAGGGUGGCAAAAUGCAAAACUUCCGCCGCAUGUGCAUCUGCUUCGCCGUCGACGCUUUCCAGCAGCUUGGAGGAAUCUGUGUCAUCACUUACUAUUUGCCCAAAGUGCUUUCUGGAUCGGUCGGCAUGUCGCGACAUAUGUCCCUUCUAAUGUCUGGAAUCAUCACGACUGAGUACUUUAUUGCUUCGGUCAUUCAAAUCUUUCUGGUCAAGCACUUCCGUCGUCGUACCCUGAUGUUCUUGUCCAGCGCAGGAGAGAUUAUAACUAUGGCGAUUCUCGCCGGAUGCGUCUGGGACGGUCAGCGUGCAGCAGGUAUCGUGGCGGUUAUUAUGAUUUUCGGAUACAACACUUUCUACGCUUUUGGAUGGCUCACUGUGCCUUUUAUCUACCCUGCAGAAAUUACCACGUUGCGACUGCGUGCCAAGGGUGCGGCCAUCGCCUCAGUGGGCGCAUGGAUAAUCGAGUUUAUGGUCGUCCAAAUUACCCCGUACUGCGUACAAAAUAUUGGAUACAAAACGUACAUUGUCUUCGCAGUCCUGAAUGCCGGUGUCAUCGUUCCGGUGACCUACUGCUUCUUCCCGGAAACUGCAGGCAUGCGUCUCGAGGACAUCGACCAUAUCUUCGAGGCGGGUGGUAUAACUGGUGGUGUUCUGUCGAAGAGUGGCCGCGCUAUUGACCGGCGAAUCGAUAUCGAAGGGACAUACCAUGACGACGCUGGAAUGAAGGUCUCGGGACCUGGCUCAGAGCCUCAGGUCGCAUCUGAGAUCUACGAGCAUUCAGAGAAGACGUAG